AUGUCGGAAUCAUUGAUCUUUCACCAACACAGCCCGCUGAAUGCGGAAACGACGUUGCAAGUCCUCUGCCAGCACCUCAUCACGCCCAUCGAGCACGCAUUUCACCGCAACCACGGCGAGCUACUUUCACAAGAGGCGGUGCCUAAGCGCAUCAGCUUUUCAUGCGCUGCCAAGCUGCUGCCUUUUGCCGUUGCCAAUCGCACAUUUGAGCUGGACGACUUUGCAGAAGAGGAAAAGACGCUCGUGGCGGUGCUCGAAUGCGCAGGCAACCGUCGUAGCGAGAUGAGCUUGGAUGAGGCCAAAUCUGAAGGGCUGCAAUGGGGUCCCGGCACCAUUUGCAACGUGGAGUGGCAAGGUACGCCUCUGCGUUCCAUCUUGCUCGAAUUGCUUCCGGCCGAAGCCAUCGCUUCGACAGAGUGGGCGCGCGACUUGCAUUUGCACAUCAUCUCGGCGCAAUCGGAUGAAGGAGGCGCAUUUGCAGCUUCACUACCACUCAACGAGAUCCUCUCGCACGACUGUCCGGCACUAUUGGCUCACGCAGCGAACGGUGCGCCGCUGCCUCGCCCACACGGUCCUCGGGCAGUGCUGCCAGGCAAGAUCGGCGCUAGGUGGGUAAAGUGGGUCUCUGAAUUGCGCAUCUCCAACUUGCCUAGCGAUGCGGAACCUAUGGAGGACGAUUACAAGAUCAUUUUACCGCCCCAUGGUGAUGUACAAGCUGCGGAUGAGCAGCGCGAAAAGCUCCUCAGCGCUGCUGAGCCUAUCAUGAGACUGGGAGUUGGCUCCGCUAUUGCGAGUCCAAAUGAUCGUGAUCGUGUGACUUCUGGUAUCGUUGCGCGAGGAUACGCCGUCCCGACAGGAGGUCGACCGAUCAAUCGUGUGGAGAUGCUGGCCGUGCCAGAUGACCCAGCUUCCACGAUAGAGGAGAUUAGAGAUGCUGCCGCUGCUCGACCAGCAAGCGAGUGGCAGCGAUGCGAUAGCGAAACAAGUCCAGCAGCGCCGCGCGAACUGGGUGGCGCAACCUGGGGUUGGACCCUGUGGUCCGCGGCUCUCGUCUUGCCAGCGCAAAGUGGUGAUCAUACUUUUGCGCUAGUCGUCCGAGCCUCGACUAAUACAGAAGAGCAAGAAAAGACAUCUGCCUUCAACCUACGCGGCUUCGGCAACCGCUCAUGGCCAGUUGUGCGCGGAUUGGAGCUGUUGGACAAGGCGGCGUAA